AUGGCGGCUUACUCCUUCGUUACGACAUGCCAUUGUGCUUCUGAAGGUGUAAGAGUUCGAUAUCAAAUCAAAACUUUGGAUUCCAAGCCUUUAGAUUUCUUUCAAUUCAACGUCAUAACUGAUCAUGUUACGAACCUUGCAAAGUAUGGACGAAAAAAAAGUGAAACAUUGGUCUUUGAAAUAAAAAUAUGUGUACAAGCUAAGCUAUUCCUAGCUAAUUCGGAAAUCAUGGCUGAUUCAACUUUAAGAUACGAAAUUCUGAUUGGGGGAUGGGGAAAUAAAAUAACUGCACUCCGACGAUCGGAUGGUAAUGAUACAAAUAAUGUUAGCGAGAAGUUCAAUAUCGAUGGACUUUUAGACUGCAACCAAUAUCGACUAUUGUGGGCAAGCUGGGAAGACGAAACCCUUACGUUAGGUACAGGGGGAAUACUUGGUCAAAAUGUACAAUGUAGUUGGACAGACCCUAACUCCUUUGAAGUUAAAUCUGCAGGAAUCUACUCGAGAAAUUAUGAUGGGGAUUGGAAAAUAGAAAUUGAUGUUGCAGAUGAAUCAACUGGAUUUUUCAGUAACUGCAAUAGGAAUGACAACAAAGCAAGUUUGAUGAAUCUUAAGGUAGUCUUCACAGAGAAAGUCCAAUGUAUCGCUAUUUGCGCAAAGAUGACAGAUUGCGUAGGAAUAAAUUACAGCUCUCAAAUGUCAAGAUGUGAAUUGUUGUCGUUUGACCCUGGUCUUGUUUCUGCAAUCCCCCAGUCUUUAUCAGCUGGAUGGACCUACUACACUAAAUGUUUCAGGGAUAAGGAAGUAUGCAUUGGAUGUUUCUUCUGA